AUGGAGCCCAAGUCUGCAGCUCCAGGCCUGUCCCAUCAUCUGCAUGGCGUAUUAACCGAGCUACAUCGCCAACCUUAUCCUUACGUCCCAAAUCCCCCAACCUGCAAGAAACGCGCCUCGGUUGCCUUGAUUAUUCGGGUACGACCAACCUACGACCAUUGGCCCAGCACGAACCUCGCAAAUGAUGCUUCUCAGCCAGUCCAACAACGUUUAGAUGAUAUGGCGAACCGGAGGUUCUGUUCAUCAAGCGUGCUUCGCGCGUGGGGGGACCGAUGGACUGGCCAUGUUGCCCUACCGGGUGGAAAGCGAGAUCCGGAAGAUGUAGAUGACAAGGCUGCAGCUAUCAGGGAAGCUUCAGAGGAAAUCGGAUUGGAUUUGACAACGGAAGAUACAAUUAGUGUGGGCAAUCUCCCUGAGCGGGUGGUCACUACCAGCUGGGGGUCCGAACCGUUGAUGGUUCUUUGUCCCUUCGUCUUCCUCACGACUCGCAGCGACUCCCCGACCCUCAGAUUGCAGCCCACAGAAGUAGCAUCCACACAUUGGAUCCCCCUGCGCGCUCUCCUAUCACCAUCACUGCGGACCGUGGAAUAUGUGGAUAUGUCGCAGCGCUUCGCUCGACAAGGCGGGUUUCUGACCCGUCUUGCAAUUAGGUCUCUGAUGGGCUGGAUGCAGUUCUCGGCCGUGAGGCUCCUCCCGUCGGAAACUCAUCAAUGCACUACAAUUCCAGGAUUUGUUCCUGAAGAGAAUAUACUCAAACCUUCCCUGGUGGAGCGCUUCAAAGGGUGGUGCCUAAGUGGGCAAGCAGAUUCGAGUGACACUGCCCGCCCGCUGCUCCUCUGGGGUCUCACCCUCGGCAUUCUGGCUGACUUCUUGGAUAUGCUCCCUCCCCAUCAGGCUGUGCAGUUGUGGAAAUAUCCAACCUUUACCGUUCCUGAUCUGCGGCUGAUUGUGAGCAUCGUGACAUAUAAUCUGCGGAAGCGUAAUGCACUCAAUGUGAGAUCGGGUGCUCGUCCCAGUAACACGGCCGCUGAUAGCGAAACGGCCGCACUCUCAGUCACACAGGAGACGAAUGUUGAACAUGACCACAAUGAAGUGGGCAUGGGUGGCCUCGGGGUAGGAAGAUAUUACGGACCGACAGACCAAGCAAGAGAUGGGACUUCUUAUGCUGUUGGGAUCAUGCUCCGCGGGUAUUAUGACCGCUUGCGCAUGGCAAUCUGGGUUUUCCUGGCCUGGCGUGUCGUCAUUGGUUCAAUUGCUGGUAUUUCAGCUUGGCGGAUUCUUCGACGACUGCGUUGA